CGCCCAGCCAUCAUCUGUCGAGUCAGUCACCCACUCAUUCACUCAUUCAUGCACAUCAAACACACUGUGUAUGCUUCAAAUGGCCGCUGCGUGGCCUGCCCCAUUGCUGACCACUGAGAGUGGAGGGCACCCGCCCUGAUCCUGGUCUUUCAUGGGAGAACCUGCUCAUAGACCAUGGCAACAAAGAGCCUGCCUUCUGAUGUGGCAUCCAUUGUGAACCUUGUGCGGUGGAGCACUAGCAAUCUAAAGAGCUCUGGGAUGUUGAUGAAACCGCAGUGUACACAAGGCUGAGAUCACACAACUGUUUUGUGCAGAUUCAGACGCAUCAUCGACCUGCAGGGAAAAUAUACAAGUAGAUAAGAUGGUCAGCUGAGGUUGGAAGUGAGAACAUGCUUGUCAGAAACCUGAGUGUAGCUAGAUAUAGGCCAGUGCACCAGGGGCCAUCUUGAUUUUCUAGCAUGACAGAAAAUGUUGUGAAACCAUGCAGUUGUAUUAUCCAAACUUCAGCUCACAAAGUCACUGCAAACAAUAUCAUAACAGAACUUGAACCAAACGUUUUUGCCGUAUCCCAAACAGAAGAACAAUGGGACAGUCGUGUAUCAUGUUUCCCAGCUGGGUAGUGGUUACUGCUCAGAGUUCCCAACACCCGUACAAGCCAAUGCAGGAGCGGUUUUGUUAGUUAUCCUCCUCUUUAUCUUCCUCCUCGUCUUUCAAAGAGGAGCCUGUGUUUUCUUCUCCCGCUUCUCCAGUUACCACAACAUGCCAGACUGUUGCCAGGCAACAUUGCAAUAUAUAACAGCCUGCUGCUCCUGUACCUGGCAAACAGUCCCAGCCAUCUCAUCUCAGGUGAACAAAGGACUUUUCUAAGCAACGGAAACAUGCGUGAGUGUAUCUCUAUCCAUGUGGGCCAAGCUGGAGCUCAGAUUGGCAAUGCAUGCUGGGAGCUGUACUGCCUGGAGCACGGCAUCCAGCCAGACGGUCAGAUGCCCAGUGACAAGACCAUCGGAGGUGGCGACGACUCCUUCAACACCUUCUUCAGUGAGACGGGUGCAGGGAAGCACGUCCCCAGGGCGGUGUUUGUGGACCUGGAGCCCACUGUUAUCGACGAGGUCCGUACAGGGACUUACCGCCAGCUCUUCCACCCUGAGCAGCUGAUCACUGGCAAGGAGGAUGCUGCCAACAACUACGCUCGUGGUCACUACACGAUUGGCAAGGAGAUCAUUGACCUGGUUCUUGACAGGAUCCGUAAACUGGCUGACCAGUGCACUGGCCUCCAAGGGUUUCUAAUCUUCCACUCCUUCGGAGGAGGAACCGGAUCUGGCUUCACCUCCCUGCUGAUGGAGCGUCUCUCUGUCGACUAUGGGAAGAAGUCCAAACUUGAAUUUGCCAUUUAUCCGGCACCUCAGGUGUCCACUGCUGUGGUGGAGCCCUACAACUCCAUCCUCACCACCCACACCACCCUGGAGCACUCUGACUGUGCCUUCAUGGUGGACAAUGAGGCCAUCUACGACAUCUGCCGCAGAAACCUGGACAUUGAGCGUCCCACCUACACCAACCUCAACAGGCUGAUCGGCCAGAUCGUGUCCUCCAUCACGGCCUCUCUGAGAUUUGACGGAGCCUUAAAUGUUGACCUGACAGAGUUCCAGACCAACUUGGUGCCCUACCCUCGAAUCCACUUCCCCCUGGCCACCUAUGCCCCCGUGAUCUCAGCAGAGAAGGCCUAUCAUGAGCAGCUGUCGGUGGCCGAAAUUACCAAUGCCUGCUUUGAACCGGCCAAUCAGAUGGUCAAAUGUGACCCACGUCACGGCAAGUACAUGGCUUGUUGCUUGUUAUUCCGUGGCGAUGUGGUGCCCAAAGAUGUAAACUCCGCCAUUGCAACCAUCAAAACCAAGCGCACCAUCCAGUUUGUGGACUGGUGCCCGACUGGGUUCAAGGUGGGCAUCAACUACCAGCCUCCGACUGUGGUUCCAGGAGGAGACCUGGCCAAGGUGCAGAGGGCAGUGUGCAUGCUGAGCAACACCACUGCCAUCGCCGAGGCCUGGGCUCGCCUGGACCACAAGUUCGACCUCAUGUACGCCAAGAGGGCCUUCGUCCACUGGUAUGUUGGUGAGGGAAUGGAGGAGGGGGAGUUCUCUGAGGCCCGUGAGGACAUGGCCGCCCUGGAGAAGGACUAUGAAGAGGUUGGCACCGACAGCAUCGGAGACGAUGGAGAGGAGGAGGGGGAGGAGUAUUAAAAUUUGAAAAAAAAAUCCUUUUAAACCCCAUCACUGGGCUGAUUAAAAAAAAAUAAUUCUGAGAAAAAAUCUUUUGGACAGUUGACAACAAAUGAAUUUAAUCUAAUCUAAUCUAGUCAUUGAGCUACUGUAGCUUCCUGGUUUAUAAAACUGGAAUCAACGGCAUUAAUCGCCUGUUUAACCUCAUCACAAUUGUGUAUUUAAUAAAGCCUUUUUUGAUUGA